AUACUGGACGCUAUGGAUACUGAUUGGUGCGAGUGCGUGAACGUUCAGCAGUAUUUGCGCUUGAUGAAGACGAAAGCUAGCUUCUCGCAUUCUUGCAUGAACGCUUGGUUGAGUAUAAACACGAUCGGCGGGCUGAUCUAUUUCGGAGGUAAUAACGCGUUAGCUUUGAUGCACCUGGUGGGAAACGGCAAUAAUACUUCACGACUGUUUCCCGUGAGUGUAUUGUUUCCUCUUGAAGCUGAACAAUCGCCAAUUUACGAACUCCUCGUCAUCAUCUUGUUUCUGCACGCGAUGUUGGUGACAUACACGGUUGUUUUUCUGAACGCGCUGAUCUCAACUCUGGUACUUCAUGUAAGCGGACAAAUCGAUAUUAUAUGUCAAGAUCUUCAAAACAUCUCUGAGAAUAUACCUUAUUACGGAUCUUCUGGGCAAACAGUAGGAAUGCUGAUCGAGAGGCAUAACAAAGUCAUUACAUUUUCUAAAAAUAUGGAUAAACUCUUCUCUUUUAUGGCUUUGAUGCAGGUUGGUUGGAAUACCUUAGUCAUCUGCUUUCUAGGACUGCUCGUUGUAAUAUCUGUUCAUAACGAUACUGGCGUCGUCCUGUUAAGAGGCGGAUUCGCUUACUGCAACAUAAUGAUGGAUGUUUUUAUCUUUUGCUUUGCGGGAGAAUACCUUAGUCAUAAGAGCAGAUCACUCGGUAAUGCAGGAUAUGAAUGUUCAUGGUAUAAAAUGUCACCCAGUCACAGCAGAAAUAUAUUAUUCUUUAUCAUGAGGUCUCAGAAACAAUUGACCAUCACUGUGGGAGGAAUGACAAAUUUAUCAUUAGAAACCUUCACGAGCGUAAGCCUGCAAAUAUUUUUCUUAAUUUACAACUAUGUGGUCCUUUGCAUUUUUCCUAACUAACGUCAACAUAUGUUACAAAUUGUAUUAACUGCGUAUAUAUACAUAUAUAUAUAAGUCUAUCUAUAUCUUUUUACAAACGAUAAUCCGUCUUACGACAUUUUAGAUCAUGAAAGCAUCGGCAUCAUAUAUAUCCGUUUUGAAUGCA